AUGCCUCAACGCCUCGUGAUCGGUCUCUCGCAAUCCCACACUCUCUCCUCGGUGCCUCAAACGCUCGCGGCCCUUCGCGAUACCACCAAACGUGCCGCCGACAAGGGCAUCUCGAUUCUCCUGUUUCCAGAGGCCUACCUGGGCGGGUACCCGCGGACGUGCAGCUUCGGGGCAGCCGUCGGCUCCCGCACCGACCUCGGCCGCGACCAAUACCUAGCCUACACCAAGUCGGCGGUCGACCUGGGCGACACGCCCUCGGGUGCCGGCGACGCAUGGCUCGAGAACAAGCUUCCCGUGAACCAGGAAACCGGGCGGCGCGGCGACGGCACGCGCGAGGCCCUCGAAGAAAUCGCACGUGAGACGGGCGUGUUCGUCGUCACGGGCGUCGUCGAGAAGGCCGGCGGCAGCCUGUACUGCUCGGCAGUCUACGUCGACCCGCGGCGCGGCGUGGUCGGGAAGAGGCGCAAGGUCAUGCCGACGGGCUCGGAGCGGCUGGUGUGGGCGCAGGGGUCGGCGUCGACGCUGAAGGCCGUCGUGGCCACCAUCAAGGGCGUCCGCGUCGUCAUGGGCUGCGCCAUAUGCUGGGAGAACUACAUGCCUCUGCUGCGGCACAGCAUCUACAGCCAGGGCGUGAACCUGUGGCUGGCGCCCACCGCCGACGCCCGGGACACCUGGGAGCCUCUCGUGCGCACGAUAGCGAGCGAGGGCCGCUGCUUCGUGCUCACCGCGAACCAGUGCAUCAGGAAGAAGAACCUGCCCAGCUGGGUCACGGGUUCGACGACGACGACGAGAGACGAUGCAGGCGGCGUGAGGGUCCACGAGACUCUCGCCAACGGCAUCCCCGUCGGUACCUUCAAGGGUGGUCUUCGAAGGCUGUCCAUGACGAGGACCGAAGAAAACCACGAGAUUGCCUGGAAGUGUGACAACGAGACGAUCGACGAGACAAACCCGCUUGAAAACGGCGUCGCCGCCACGACGACGACGCAGAAACAAAACUCCCCACAACAAGAAGGAGGAGACGGCGACGAGUUCGUGUCGACUGGAGGUUCGUGUAUAGUCAGUCCAAUGGGCCAGACCAUCGCCGGCCCUGUGUGGGAACGAGAGAGCGAACUCUUGUACGCCGAAGUCGACUUUGAGGAUUGCGAUCGCGGACAUCUCGAUUUCGACGCUGCAGGGCAUUAUUCACGCCCUGAUGCUUUCAAGUUGACGGUCGAGGGUUUAGAUCUAACACCGCCGCCGUAG